GGUAUCCAUCGUGUAGGUGGCACGCAUUGCCAAACGUGACACGGAAAACAUGGAAAACUCCACCGAAAAUCGCAUGGAAAUUAAUGAAGACGUCGCUGAAGCAAAGAAGAACGAAGGCAACACCAGUUACAAGAAUGGAGACUAUGAGGCAGCCAUCCGACUCUACACAGAAGCAAUCGACAUAUGUCCAGACUGUGCCAGUUACUACAACAAUAGGGCAGCUGCGUUCAUCAUGCAAGAUAAAUACCAACAAGGACUUGAAGAUGUCCAACGAGCUCUGACAUUAGACAACACGCUAGUCAAGGGUUAUUUGCGAGAAGCUAAAUGCCACCUAGCAUUAGGAUCAGCAGACGCUGCCAUUCGCUCACUCAACCACGUGGCAGACUUUGAGCCACAAAAUAAGCAAGCUCAGUCAGAGUUGAGGGCUGCUAAGCUGGUCCAACAUCACGACCAAGAUGGCCACAAAGCAUUUGAGGCGGGAGAUUUUCGCAAGGUUGUGUAUAAUAUGGACCGAGCCAUAGACCACUCGCCAGCUUGCACCAAAUUCAAAGUGAAGAGGGCAGAAGCCUUGGCCAAGAUGAGAAGGAUAACAGAGGCAUCCCAAGCCAUCAAUGCUGUCUUGAUGCGAGAGCCACGGAACGCCGAUGCCAUAUAUGUGAGGGGACUGUGUCUGUACUACCAAGACAACAUGGACAAGGCCAUCCAACAUUUCCAACAAACCCUCAAACUUGCCCCCGAUCAUUCCCCCGCUAGAAUAGCUUUUAAGAAAUGUAAAUUAUUAAAAUCCAAAAAAGAAGAAGGCAACGAAAUGUUUAAGCGUGGCAACUACCAAGAAGCGUACGGCUUGUACACUGAGGCACUUCAAGUGGACCCUCUCAAUGUUAACACUAACGCAAAGCUUUACUGCAACAGAGCAACUGUAUGCUCAAAGUUGAACAAACCAGACCAAGGAAUCCUAGAUUGCAACAAAGCUCUGGAGUUGGAUCCUGAUUAUCUCAAAGCAUUUAUGAGAAGGGCAAAAUGCUACAUGGAAACAGAGCAAUACGAGGAAGCGGUGCGAGACUAUGAGAAGGUGUGUCAAAUGGACAGAAGUAGAGAAAACAAGGCCCUUCUUCAAGAGGCCAAUCUGGAGCUCAAAAAGAGCAAGAGGAAAGACUACUACAAGAUUCUAAACAUCAGCAAGAAUGCUACCGAAGUUGAGAUUAAGAAGGCCUACAAGAAGCAUGCCUUGCUACACCAUCCUGAUCGUCAUUCCAACAAGACAGAGGAGGUGCAGAAAGCCGAGGAGGUUAAGUUCAAGGAAGUUGGGGAGGCUUACAACGUGCUGUCUGAUUCCAAGAAGAAGAUGAGGUAUGAUAGCGGCCAGGACUUAGACGAUCUGGAAGGAUUUGGAGGUUUUGACCCAUCCCAGAUCUUCACCAGUUUCUUUGGCCACCCUGGUGGCUUCUCGUUUGGGCACGGAGGGGGUGGCGGCGGUCAUCGGGACAGCGGUUUCUAUGGCGGCGGUUUCCCAGGAGGUUUCCAGUUUGGCUAAGGUAUAAACUCUUACUGCCUCAUCUCACACCUUAAUUUCUAGUCUAGACUCCAGAUUGUACAUUUUGACCCGUUUUUGCCUAAACCGACAGUUCUUCUGAUUUUAGGUGUGUGAUCGAGCCCGCCAUUGCAUGCCUAAAAGCUGCCCACGUACAAGUAAUUGGUCGCCUUAGUUCCUCUGUACAGGUUCAAUCACUGGUUGGGCAUUUUGGUAAUUUUAGGCCCGCUUCAUAUUGCAGGCCAAAGCAAAAUUGAAGCAAGUGUGAUUUCAUAAAACAUUAGCCGUGACCACAGUAUUCACUUGAGUUAAAGCGCGUUCAACUUUUGUGAAUUUGCAGCGUACGUAUUUGUCACAAAAUUGCAUUUUUUGCGGCGUCAUUGUUCUGACCAGAAGAGAACCACAGGUUGGAGUUGUUUCUCCCCAGUUCAAGUGGCAGAAAAUAAGCUGCCAACUAUUUUGUCCUCGCCAAAAUAAACAAAUCAUGUGUCCCCCAAUGCGGUGUCACAUGCAGUGAACCAAAAUGAGUAUGGCCUACUAUCCUCUAGAACAUAGGAAGAAAAAAAAUGACGUUUGUCAAUAAUGGUGUCUGCUACUGUGUGCUUUGUAUUUCUCUGCUGAUGUAACUGUUUUGGCUCUGCAUUUUAGUUGGAAACUUUUAACAUGUUCCUUAUGAUUGCGAUGGCGUUAUAAAUGGGUCAUGAAAAUGCACUGCUGUACACGUCAGCAUAUUCUUCUAGUAUCAUUGUAUUUCAUGGUUGGUGCAGAACUACUCGCCUAGAGCAUUAAGAAGUUCAUGCAUAGUUUUUCCACAUGCCUACAAUUUUCAACUCGGAACAAGUUUCCCAAACAGCACACGAGUCGAUUUUUCAACAUCAAGAAUGCACCCUGUGUUGUCUACUGUACAUUGGGUUGUUUCCCUACAGCAACAGUGAUUAUGCACAUGCAUGUGUGUGACGGGGGGGGGGGAAGUCUGGUACCCAGAAUCGGGUUCAUGGCUGUCUUGACUGACAGUCUGCAGUAGAACCUGUGCAUAGAUUAACAAGUGAAUGCAACAUGUGACAGUAAUUUGCCAGAUACUGAAAGUAUAAUUCCACAGAGGCACCUGGAUAAGAUGGUUGAAGGACAUCUCAAGUUACUUUCAUGUAACUCAAAAGGGAAGCAUAUGAGAAAGCACUGCAGAAUGGGGUCCACACAUCAGCACGUACAUAAUCCAGUGUUGCAGUCAAGAGCUUUCAGAGUACCAAUCUUACUGCCAAAUAUCAAACUGUUCGAUGUGAACAAAGCUACAAUCCUGGCCAAAUCUCGUUUGCCGCCCCCAUCCCCAGCCCCCUCUCAAUGUUGCAUCUCAGUGCACAAUCUGUACUCCAGCUUGAGACAGCAUUGACCAGGAGAGUGGGGUCCUUCAAAGGGUAUGGCUAUUGACACGUGUCCCAACAAUUUGGUCCAGGAUUGUAGAAAACAUGAACACUGAAUGGCAUAUGUACAGUGAUAAGAUUACAAGAUCAAUUUAAGACUGAUGACUAACACGGUCGAGUGAAAUUUAGGUUGUAUGGAGAAAAGUACUGUACAGUACUGUUUCAACACUUCUGGCCGAAAAACUUGAGUUUAGUGCAUUCACUGCCUAGUCUCCAUGUUCUGUAGCUUUGUACAUCCCUGUAAACCAGUGCAAUAUUUGGCAGUAAAGUUCUCAUCUACAACAUUGACUUCAUUCGUAAGUUGCACAUGCAAUACAGUGCUUCACUUUUUGUAGGAAUGGUAAAAUACUGCCCUCAGGCAGUUGGCAGUGGGCCAUGUUUGCAAACCUGACAACAUGUCAAGACAGCACCUUUUUGAUUGUCAUACUGAAAUUUUAAGGAUCCCAAAUCUUCCAGUAUCUAUUUCAGGUGUUUUAAAGGCAGUGGGACAAAAAGGAACUAUAGACCCCCUGCUUAUGACUUCACGUUAGAGGGCAUUUCUUUCUUCCUCUAGGAUAGGCUCAAGUAAACCUGUUGUGUGUUCACUGUCAUUAAAUCUAAAUAACAAAACAUGUCCUCUUGGAGGGUGCUCCGUGCAGGCCCUCUAUUACUUGAUUUAAAGCAACAUCUCCAAGAAAAGUAUGGGCGAAAACAAUUAAAGUAGGCUUGCAUCCGUGAUCCACGGAAAUAAAACUAAUUCAGGUGUUGGAUUUUUGUGGGCAUGAGAAUACCAGGAUGAUCUACCCAAUAUCAUUGGUGUCAUAAUUAUCAAAAUGUGAAUUUGGCAGUCAUAAGCCAAUGUUUGGGCACCCACUUUGUGAGCCUGUGAAAACCCGCAAUGCAAGGCUGUAAAGCACGGUGUUUUGAAAUUAAUGUUUACCAGAAACAAGUUAGAAUUGCCUUUAUAAGAAUUGUCUAGAAAUCUGAGCAAUGUUGAAUUAAGUCCCAGUUCUCUGACGUGGAAGCCUGUAAGGAAAGUUGCAUACUCAAGCAAAACAAAGUAUGUAGAUUGCAUUGACUAUUUAUAUAUAUAUGUGUAUAUUAAUAUUUUUGGAACAUCCAAACUGAUUGAUACGUGACAUCCAGAUAGUCUCAUUUAGACAGUGAUCCAACUUGCAAAUGAAAUCCAAAUUGUUGGAUUAAAUGCAAGAAUAUACAAACGUCAAGGUUACACACACAUAGCUUUGAUACGGUGUCAGAUACAUGGGUUGCAUAAUUCCUUAGAUGAGUAGGUGUUAAAGGAUACCGUGUUUGAAUGGUGUUGUAGUAAAUUGUCUCUGGUAAAAAUUCUACCUCGUAACUACCUGUCCAAUACACAGCAGCACAUUUUGUAGUUCUGUAAUUAACAUACCAGUAUCUUAUCUCCCCUCCAAAGAACAGGUGUUCUCUUGUAUCAAGACAUGUACGGCCCAGUCCCACAAAAUGAGUCCUAAGGGCUUUUAUUUUCAGUCGGGUUUAAUUGGAUUGGAGAAUACUACCAUAACUCAUUUGCUUUGUUGUAAUACUCAGUAGCUCUCUGAAGCAGUGGACAUUAUGUGGGUGAAACAGUGGACAGUUCCUGAUGAUUUUCAUUGUGUUAGAUUCUCUUGAAGGCCUUGAACUCCAAGAUGAAUUUGGAACUUUUGACUCAUUUUGUCAGGUUGGUUGACAAGAUUUUGUUUUAUACAACAGCAGCAACUGUAAAUAAUUCGAUCUGUAUUUUUUCCCCUGCCCUCUCCAGUACAUUUAAUUGAUAAAUCUGGAUCAUCAAACAUGUCGUAUUAUUUGUCCUGACGCACAGCACAGCUAAAGUGGAAAAAGUUUUUUCCACCUUAAAUAGCAUGCUCCAUUCCAUGGACACGAGCUUUCUGAAGACACAUAGCAUGCAGGCAUUCAUCAGGCAGGGAUUUAUUUAGAUUUUGCAGGAAAUUUCUUGCCACAAUUUGUUGAAGCGUAGGUAACGAAUGAUGGUUGUGAAACAUUCGUGCAGUGAACAAAAAAUUCAACAGAUAAAAUAACGGUCGCAGAAUGGGGGAAUUGGUUUAUCACUGAAAGAUUUCACUAUUUAUACGGAUAUGUCAUUGAAAAAUUUAUGACCUCAGACUAGCUUUUACUUACAAAAAAAUCUUCAUUCGUCAUGACUUUUUUCCACUUGACAUGAAUAAUAAUCAACGAAGAAAGAUGAAAGCUGCAUUACUCUACAAUAACCAGGGUACCGAUACGUUAAUCCACUUACGUGAUUUACAUCAUUGUUGUAAAGUGGUCGAGGGGGUCACAGAGCUACCAAUUGGAGCAAUUGAAGACAGCGCCCUCUGUAUUCAAGUUGUGAAUGUACACUAUCAUAGACAUCCAUUAAUUGGAACACCUGCACACUGAUUUUGUCACUCUUGUAGAAUUUCAAUGAUGUUAUACAUGCAUACGAGUAUAUUUGCUCUUAAUUGGGUUCCCGUUUGCUUAUUUUUUUGUGCUGGGGAGGUUGUAUGCUCCUGUGUUUCUUUGGCCAUUUGUUCGUUGGAACAGAACUGACAAAUUAUUUGUGGUACAGACGAGAGGAGACGAGUUUGAACAUUGCUUUGUCCAGCAACACCAACCUAUCAGCAAUGCUUGUAUCCUGAUAAACCAAUCAGAGACAUUUAGUGAGUCUCACAAGGAGUAGCGGUAGAAUACAGUACAUGUAGUAGACACUAUUUAGUAACUCUUCACAGUCGAUCGAAAUUAAUUGGUAGACCACUUGUCAUUUUUUAACCCAUUUCUGGCAGCUUACUCUACAUGUAUAUUGUAUGUGAUGAGGUUAUCAAGGCUGUAUAAUCUUGUAUUUCUGUUUUUUAAUGCGUCCCCUUAGUUUAUUUAAUCUGAUUAUUUUUCUUUUCUCUGAACCCAAAAGUCACAUGCGACUUGUUUUCCCUUCUUACAGUUCCCUGAAUUGACCUCAGUCAGUAUUUUUACAAAUGAUCGUAAUUGCCUGCAUUUUAAUAUGCAUUGAAAUGUUUUGCAGUCAGACUGUUUUCUUCUUUUGAGAGAUGUGUGAUCCCCUGAACUUAACUGGUCCGUCUAAGAAUCAUAAAUUAAAUUCUCAAUGAAUGAAAUGGAAAAUAUAUGCAAAACACAUGGAAAUCCUUAAUCACUAACCUACAAACUUCAGCAUUGAACAAAGGGUUCCUGACUAGUAAAAAAUUCACCACAUUGUUUUAAAUUAGCCUUUGAUCAAGGCGCCCAUGGCAAAAUGGAAAGUCGCUCAAGAGCAAGGAGCUGAAGGAGACUAGUAUAAGCACCAAAUCAAUGCACAAAGAAAGAUUACAAGACGAACCGCACACACAUUGCGGCAGCAUGCACAGUCCACAACACACUCAGCUCGGCUACUGCAUGCGCAUGCAUGGUUAAUUUCGGGCGUACGUGCAGUUCAUCAUGUAGUCUUUCUUCGUGCGUUGGUUUGAUGCUUAAACUAGUCUCCUCCAGCUCCUCGCUCUUGAGCGACUACCCAUUUUGCCGCAGCAUGCCUCGAUUAAAGGCUAGUUUUAAAUGAACAUAAAACAUCUUCACAAGCUCUGAUGCGCACAUUAUUUACAAAAAAGGAUGGUAGUUAUUACUUUCCUUUCUGUCUUGUCCAAGUGCACAGAUAUUUAAAUUGGGUGUGUAUUUUGAAGGAUUCCUGUGCAUUUUGUAUAAUCUACCUUUCUAGCUGUGAUAGAAUGUCUUACUGAUUUGCUGAUUAAAGACAAUGGAUUUGUAAAUGUG